AUGUCCGGUGAGCUGCGAGCAGAAUUGGAGAAACAUUUGGAGGCUUUAAAUAUCCAGACGAGCUGUGUGGAUCAUCCUCCGGUUUUCACGGUGGAAGAGAUGAUGCCUCACCUUCAGGAUGUGAGCGGUGCCGUCACAAAGAACCUCUUCCUGAAAGACAAGAAGAAGAAAACGCUGUGGUUGGUUUCGGUGCGUCACGAUCGCCAGGUGAACCUGAACGAGCUGGCCAAGAAGCUCUCUUUGGGCAGUGGGAACCUUCGCUUUGCAGACGAAGCCACCAUGUUGGACAAACUCAAGGUGGGUCAGGGGUGUGCCACGGCUUUGGCAUUGCUUUUCGACAAGGAACACGCGGUCACGGCGGUUCUGGACCGAGACCUGCUGGAAGGAGGACACAGCCUGAUCUACUUCCACCCCAUGACCAACGCCGCCACUGUGGGGAUGACGCCCCAAGACCUCUUACGCUUCCUCAAGGACAUUGGACACGAACCAGUCUUGGAGAAUUUUGAGUAG